CGAAGGACAGACUUAUGAUUAAUUGGCAGGGCGUCUUCGGCGUACUCAGGGCAGCAUUCAGACCUGAGCUGCUUCAGCCUCGACUCGUCAUCCCAGAUAUCCGAUCUCUAGAUAGUCUAGCGCUACGUCGACAUGGCUUCACUGGCAUCGUGAUUGACAAAGACAACUGUAUCACAAUGCCUCAUCACGACGAGCUGCUGCCCGAGCUCAGCCAAGCUUGGCGAGAGCUGCUGGACACCUUUGGGCCUGCUUCGGUGCUCAUCGUGUCCAACUCGGCAGGUACCGUAGAUGAUCCUGGUCUCAUCCAGGCGGAAUCAGUCUCUCGCACCUUGGGCGUGCCAGUGCUGGUGCAUGCACGCAAGAAGCCUGGCUGUGCGAGAGAUGUCGAGCAGUACUUCUUGGGGCACGCGGACCAGACUGUGGCUCGCGUCGUCGAUGUCGCACAAUCUCGGUUGGGUGCAAGUCAAUUGGCGCCUCCUCGGUUGGCUGUCAUAGGUGACCGUGUGCUGACUGACACCGUCCUUGCGAAUCGCUUGCAUUCUCUCAAUGCUGUCGGCAUACUGACAACAAGAGUAUGGACGCGCGAAAGCUUAGGCACGCGCUUCAUGCGAUCUAUGGAGAUGCUCGCGCUUCGAGCUCUGCGUACACGCAACGAUGCCGAUCUGCUGGUCUGCUUGCUGCCGCACGCAAGAUGAUACUGCUACGAUCGAUAGUCACGUCGUCUGCAAAGACGUAGCACUGAUCGAAUGCAUCCUCGCCGACGCCUCGGUCAUUCUCUCGAUGGCCUAUUCGAGCGGAUGAACUCAGAGCAGCCCGCUCAGUCGAUAUGACGACUGACCUGGUCUAUCUGCGUCAAGCUUGCCUUGCCGCUCACUUCCAGCAGAAUCGACCUCGUCUGCUGUCGGAUCGAUAGCUACAAUGGACGCGUCUUCUGUCUGGCGAAUGACCUGUGGAG